AUGGGACUCGGCUACUUGGUCAGUAGCACACACUUCAGCACCCAUUUCACUUUCCGGAUCGAUACUCGUAAUAAAAAAUAUUAUAGUGAAGGAUUUGCAUUUUUCCUUGCUCCUGUUGGCUAUCCAAUUCCACCCAACUCUGCUGGUAGUGUUCUUGGAUUAUUCAAUAGCACCACUGCAUUGUCCCAUAACCAAAUUGUCACGGUUGAGUUUGAUACAUUCCAUGAUGAAUGGGAUCCCCCGGCACCCCACGUCGGGAUCAAUGUAAAUAAUAUCUCAUUGGCGGUUACUUCCAACUGGGAUUUCAACAACACUAAGGUGGCCAAGGCAUGGAUAACUUAUAAUGCUACCACCAAGAACCUCAGUGUUCUUUGGACAGACGAGGAAACCCCAAGUCCUAGUGCUACUACUCUUUCUUACCAAAUUGAAUCCCCUGAUAUCUGCCAGAAUGGGUUGUUGGUCAACAGACAGAUAAGUAAGAAUAUUGAAGGACAUGAAUACUAUUUGAAAGCUGUAGUGCCUUCUAUAACUAGAGAUCUUGAGAGACUAGCCUUGCCAAGACGAUUUGCUUAUCGAGAACUAGUUGUAGCCACCAUUCGUUUUGCAAAUGAUAGAAGGCUAGGCCAAGGAGGCUCGGGAGAUGUUUAUAGAGGAGUCAUACCAGAUCUUGGCUGUGUGGUCGCUGUGAAGAGAAUCUUUGCUGAAUCUGAGCACUACGAGAAGAUUUUCAUCAACGAAGUGAAAAUCAUAAGCCAAUUAAUACAUAAAAACCUGGUGCAAUUCAUUGGAUGGUGUCAUGAGCAAGGUGAAUGUUUACUUGUCUAUGCAUACAUGCCGAAUAGCAGCCUUGAUAAUCAUCUCUUUGGGGUGGUUCCUGCUUCAAAAUCUUUUUCUUGGGUAUAUCGGUAUCGAAUACUUUCUCAUACAUGUUCAUGGAUCGAAUACCUUCAUACGGGCUGCGUUCCGGCCAUUAUUCACAAGGAUUUGAAAAGCAGCAACAUUCUAAUUGAAAAAAACAUGAGGGCAAAGGUUUCAGAUUUUGGUCUUUCCAAACUUGCAGUAGAUGGAGCAUCCCAUGUGUCCAGCAUAGUUCGGGGCACUGUUGGGUAUCUUGAUCCUGAGUAUUAUAUCUCUCUAAAGUUGACAGACAAGAGUGAUGUUUACAGCUUCGGUGUCAUUCUUCUUGAGCUAAUAUCCGGUCAAGAAGCAAUAUCAAAUGAAAACUUCGGUGUUAAUUGCCGUAAUAUUGUCCAAUGGGCGAAGUUACACAUCGAAAGUGGGGACAUUCAAGGAAUCAUUGAUCCCUCGCUGCAUGGCGAGUAUGACAUCCAGUCAAUGUGGAAGAUAGCGGAGAAAGCUUUGAUGUGUGUUCAAGCACAUGGAUACAUGAGGCCCUCAAUUUCUGAAGUUCUCAAGGAAAUCCAAGAUGCAAUAUUGAUGGAAAGGGGUGCUGCAGCAGCAAGAGAUGGUAACUCAGACGACACGUCGAAGAAUUCAGUUCAUUCUUCAUUAAACUUGGGUUCCUUGGAUCUUGGUGGAGCUGAUAAUUACCUAUCACUUGACGAGUCUAUUGUGCGGCCAACUGCUCGAUAG